AUGGCGGCUGCAUUCGAUUUAUUUGAUGAAGUUUUACGUGCAUUUGAUAAAUCACAUCGAAAUGAAAUGACAUUUAUUGAAUUACAUAAUAUAUUAGUUAAUCGGAAUAUAGAUAUAACUGCUGAUGAAUUAAAUCAAAUAAUUCGUUCGCCAAGUCUUUUAAAUCUUUUUAAUCUUCAACCUAUAUCAAAUGAUUUAUGUUUAAUACAAUUAAGUCCGAAAUUAAUUCUUUGUGAAGCCUGCUUGCAGAAAAGUUGUAAAAAUAAAAUGAAAUGUACACAAUUACACCUAUGCCGUUAUAUGUCUCAUUUUUCAAAUAAACCACUAGAAAAACCUUGUAGUUAUCCACAUAAACUUAGUGAUCAUCCAAAUAAUGUCAUUCUAUUACGUCGAUUUAAUUAUGAUACAUUAAAUGAAAAUCUUGUUCUUAAUUUACUUCGUCGUCAUUACAACAGAAAUCAUGAACAAUCUCGAAUAGAGAGUCAUGUUAAUACCAGUAGAUCGUCAUCUUCUCAAUCUAGUGGUAUUGAUUCGAAUAAUACACAAGGAAUAAAACGAAUUUAUCAAUCAAGACCGCCAUCACAAUUAAAUAAAUCCCCUGCUCAAUCAUCUACAUCAAUAGAUAAGAUUAUAGAACGACAGUUAGAUAUUAGUAUUCCAUCGGAACAAGCUGCACCAGAUGUUGAUCUUGAAAUCAUUGAACUUAUUUUAGCAACGAAAAAUAUAAUUAUCGAACGAACAUUAAAAAACCAAAUAUCGAAUGAAUUCUAUCGACGAUAUACAUUACAAUUUCAGAAUAAGCAAGUUAUCGACAAUAUAAUUCAAAAUGAACCAAUUAUAAUGUAUAAUAAUAUACCAAUAAAAAUGAAACGAACCGAACGCCAAAGAGAUAAAAGAAUAUUUGCACUUAAAUUUAAUACUGAUAAAAAAAUUGAUAGUAUACGAUUAAAUUUAUAUAUUGAAACACUUAUUGGAAAAGUUCAUCCAAAUAUAUUUGAUAUGACAAUCGAUAGUAAUGAUGAACAAAUAUAUCUUAUUCGAUGUGAACAACCUAUUGAUUUCGAACAUUUAUAUAAAGCAUAUUCAGCAAAAAAUACUUUACAAGGUUAUCGUAUAACUAUUAUUGAAGUAUAUGAAGCAGAAGCUCUUGAAGUUUCAUUUGUAAAUGGUUCAUAUCAUCAAUCUAUGACUGUAUCACGAUUACGUCAAUUAAUUGGUGAACAGCGUUGGCAACAAGAUGUUUUUGCUUGCCUUUAUAUUCGAAAUCAGACUAGUGCUGAUAUUGAAUUAAUGAAUGCUGAAGUCACUGCUAAAUGGUUAUCAGAAGCAAAUAGAAUCGAACAAGAUAUGUCUCUUAGUAUCCAUCCGAUUAUUGAUUUCAUUCAACCGUUAGAAAAACAUGAAGAAGAUGAUGAAGAAGUAACAAAACUAUUUGCAACAUCAAAAAUAUCUUCAGCAUCUACCCCUUGCAAUGUAUCAGAUGAUUCACAAAAAGGAGAAAAAGAUCCUGGUCAUUAUACAAUUAAACCUGAUUGGCGUGUUGUUCUAACACAUCCAGUAUUUGGUGAUGAAUAUAGAAAAUAUAUUCGUGAAAACUUAAAUAUUUCGGUUCAAAUAAACGGUUCAUCAAUUCAAGUACCUAAUGAAUAUAUUCGUAAAGAAUUAGCUCGUUAUACAAAUAUGUUCAUACAAAAAUUUGUCUUUCAAGAACUUAGUAAUUUAGAUAAAACACAAGUUAAAAUUAUAAAAGAUAAUUAUUCCAGAAUGGCACAUAAAUGGCAAAAAGAUACAAAUAAAACAUUAAUUGUUGCACGUCGUGAUAUUAUGGAUGAAAUUUUGCCAACUCUAUCAUUAUCUAGUCGACAACACAAUAAAAUAUUAACUACACCAACAAUUCGAAAUAAACGACCAGAAACUCCUAGAAAACAAGAACAACCACUAUCAUCACCAAUGAAAGAAUUAGUUAUAUCUCAAACAAAACCAUCACAAGACCAAAGUCAAAUACUUUCUUAUCCAAUUGAAAAUAGUGUUUAUUUUCCUUUUUUUACUUCAACAAAUCCAUUUACUGAUCGUCUUACUACUUAUCUAUCAAAUGCAUUCAAUAUUAAAUUAGACAUAAAACCUAUUUCAUCAGCAAAAAUUAUUCUUGAACUUAAAGGUCAAUAUAAAGAUGUUUCUGAUGCUCGACCUACUUUAACAAGUUUAUUUGCAUCAUUAAAAACAAAAAAUUAUUCUGAUACAAAUGAUUCUUGUAAAUUUUCUAUACCGGAUAUUUAUCGUGUAGUACAAUGGCAACUUGAUCAAUGUUCAAUUGUAUCAACAUGUAGUUUUUCAACAAAAAAUGAUGGUAUUUUAUUAGUAAGAUAUUUUGCUGAUAGUCCACAAUUUGGUGUUGAUGAACAACAAAUUGAUGAUAUUAUACAACAUAAUCUUUUCAAUAUUUCAUAUCAUGUUUCAAUAACAAGUGAAAAACUUGAACUUAAUUUAGAAGAAUUACAAAAAAAAAUUCAGCAAAGAUCUGAUUAUGGACAAGAUAUAUGUUGUUUAUAUAAUUAUCGAAAAGGAUCAAGAGAAACAAUUCGAUUACCUUCGAUACAUUUAUGUGGAACAGAAUCUAUUGUUCAACAGAUUUAUCAAGAAGUUAAAAGAAUUGCUGAUGAUUAUGCACCGAUACCGUGUAAUAUACAAUUGGCGUCAAAUCAAGUUAAUUAUUUAUUACAUAUUUGUUCAGCUGAUUUAAUUAAGUUUGAAAAAAAAUAUGAAACGGAUAAUGUCGAUUUACGAUCAGCAUUAAACGGUGAUACAACAAGUCAAUUUGUAGCACCGAAAUAUUUACAUGAAAAAAUUAAAUUAUUUUUAUUUGAAAUGAGCCAAAUACAAAUGUUAUCCAAAGAUAUUAAAUGUUCCACACAAUUAAUUAAUAAUAAAAAACAGGAAUUAAAUGAUUUAGCAUCUAAAAAUCAUUGUCUACUUUCAAUAACAUUAUCAUCUCAAUCAACAACAUAUAAUCGAAUAACACCUACUACUUCAAAAAUUAGUUCAGAAACAAUUAAUGUAUCAAAUGGUGAUCUCACAGCAGAACAAUCUGAAGUUCUUGUUAUUUGUUCAUCAUCUGCGAAACUCUGUGAUGUAGUAAUUAAAGCAGCUGGAAAACAAGUUGAACAAGAAUUAAAUGGAAAAGAUCUAACAAAAACUAUGAUUGACACAUCUGUUGGUAAUUUAAAACAAGCUAAACGUCUUCUGUUUUUACCUUGGAAACCACCAUCAACAUUGUCUACUAAUCAAGAUAUUGAUGCACUUCGUCGAUCAAUCUCGAUAUUUAUUCAACAAGCGAUUCAAUAUACUAUUCAAGGAAAAUAUAAAAGUAUUGCAUUUCCUGCUAUUGGAUGUGGUGGUUUUGGUAUACCAGCAGAUAUAAUUGCAACAAUUAUGAUUGAUGCAGUUCGUGAACAAAUGAUUGCUAAUCCAACUAUUCAAUUAGUGAUUACAUUUGUCGUACAACAAUCACAUGUAUAUGAUGCUUUUAAUACUAAACUCAAAAGUACAUCAACGGCUACUACUGCUAAUCGUAGUCGUUCUCCAUCAUUGUCUUAUUUAUCAAAUCAAGAAAAAUUUAAUAUAAGUCUUAUAACAUCUAAUUCAAAUAUUGAUAUAGCCAAGAAACUAUUAGCAACUAUUGAAAAUAUUCUCGUUUCAUCAUUUUCUACUUAA